GGAAUUUUAGAUUGAGGUGUAGAAGACAAAAUUGAUUUGAAGAUCUGAUUGACUUACGAUUUUCCAUAGGAAGAGGGCAUGCGCACCAAAGCGUGUCAGACCUGGUCCCGCCUGGUCCCAGAGAAAACAAGGGGUGUGCUUGGGUUACUUGUGAGGCAGCAGCGCAUGCGCCCCGCAGAAAAUCACGGCCGUCGAGCCUCACACCGCAGCGAUUGCAGAUCUUACAUGUCAGAUAGGAAGGAGUGGGAAGGGGUGCGAGAGACGGGGGGCCCAACACGCACAGCCCGAAGAAACAGAUGGAUGGAGACCCGGCGUGCAGAGGAAGAAGAGGGCUGAUGUGACUCCGACCGACUCCUUACUUGCCAACUUGAGCCUUACAAACCCUUUCUGCAGAUGCAACCUGUCUGUCAUCCCAUCCGUCCCAGUAAUCCCUUUUUUUUAUUGCAGCGUUUCCUCCAAGGGGGCCACAGGCAGAGGGGACUACAAUGACAACCUGGUGAAUGCAGACAGGAUGGAGUGAAACAUCCAGCACAACGCAGGAUGCGCAUCCCCAGCCCGACAAGGAAGAAGAGCUCCAAUGGCUCUGGCAGCGACACCAAACCGCAGAACCACCAGUUGGAGAAGAAGAGACUGAACCGAGCGCCUUCCCCGGCCAGACCUUUCCUCAAGGAUGUGCACUCCCGCUCCACCAAACCACCUGCCAUCGUACCGAAAUCCCCCAAACUCAACAAGCAGCAGCAGCAGUCUGCCUCAGUGCCCUUAGCCCAUCCGAACCGCAGCUCCAGACGCAACACCACCGGGGCGAAAGAGAAACCAGCCACGGUGAAAAGUAGCACCAAGUCUGCUGUCGCGAAAAAGCCCACAAAGGUACCCCAGCAUGCAGCAGCCGAGCCCAAAGCUGCCAGCAUCAAACCGGACAGCACCAGCAGUCCGAUUCUCGCCAAAGGCAAGAAAGGGAAACUAGCCUCGGGGUCCCCGGGCCCUCACAUCCAUGGAUCCCCGAUCCGGGUACCAACCGGAGCGCCACUCGGCCGGGUUAGCCAGACCGACAGCAGCUCAGACCUGUCGGACUGCCCGUCCGAGCCGCUGUCGGACGAGCAGAGGUUGGCACCGGCCGCUACUGGGAGCCGAUAA